AUGCCGCGCAGAUUACGAGAUUUUGUCCAGGAAAGCGGUCGAGGGGGGCGGGAUGGAAAGAGGAGCGAGUCCGUUGUCGUAGUGCAGAGUUCAUGGAUGAAAGAACAGCAGGAGAUUCGGACAAAGAGGAGAGAGGAGAGAGAUCGAGGCGGGGACAAUGGUGUCAGUGAGGAGGGUGCGGUCAGCAAGCAGGCGUAUGAGUGGGAGGAAGACGUUGUGGAGUUUGUAGAAGGCAAGGAGUGCCGGCGUGAGGUUUUAGACCGCGAGAUGGAUGGGUUUAUGGGACGGGUAGGGUGUGAAGUAGGUGAAGAAGAGCGUUGCGAUGUGUGUAGGGAGCGUGCAUUGCGGAUGGAAGCACAAGUAUCAAGGAGAGGUACAUCAUGGGUCAGCAUACAGAGUGAAGAGGUGUUGGAAAAUCCGGGGAUCCCCCUUCCUUUCAGGGUUUAG